AUGCCGCCAGCCGAGCGCAGCCAGGGCGGCUCCGCUCGGAUCACCAGCGCCAAGAUGCUGAACCGCCGCGGCCAGCACGGCACCGCUCCAGGGCGACAACGAGAGGACAACGAGCAGCGGCAGCAGGGGUUGCCUGGCAAACAACGCGAACAGCGGCAGCAGCAACAACAACAGCAGCGGCAGCAGUGGCAGCAAUCCCGCGGCAACAGAGACCAGCAGGGCAGCAAGGCCAGGGCCACGGGCCCGCCACUGCCACACGGCUUUCUUGCUUCCUCCAACGGGGGUGUCACGCCCAGCGCUGCGUUCCUGGAGCGUUUAGAGGGGGCGGUCGCCAGCGGCGACUGGCGCCAGGUCCAGGCCUUCUCCAAUGGCAUCAUGAAUAGCAGCGGCUACGAGGAGGGCGAGCUGCAGCCAGCACACAUCCGUGCGCUCGCGGCCGCCACUGCAAGGGCCCUGCGCCGAUGGGCGGUGGCGGCGCUGCACGACAUGACCGAGGAGCAGCGGCGGCAGCUGGCGGCCGGCAGCCCUUGGCGACGCCCGUGGUGGGACGCGCGCGUGGUGGUGCGGCCCCUCAGGGUGCUGCAGGCCGUCGAGGUGCAGCAGUCGCGCGCAAAGGUGCUGCAGGACACGGAGCAGGCGGUGACGGUUGAGGGCGAGGAGGAGGAGAGGAAGGGGCCAGUGGCGCGGCGCCAUGGACACGGCCAACCGGGAACAGCGGCUGGGCAGCGCCCGGCGCCGCCGCCCGAGGCGGACCAGGUCUGGAUAUUCUUUCGUCACCUGGGGCGCACAGCAGCGGCGUCAGGGCAGGUCGACGCACUCACGGCGGCGAGCCUGGUGAACUGCGCUGCCGACAUCGGGCUUGUGCUGGGCAAGGACUCCCCCCUUGGUGAGUAG